GACUUGACAGUGAUCAGAACGGCAGUGUGUUGUACAGUGAACAGUGCUCGUAGAAAAAGGCGAUGAGUUCUUUCUGGUUAUACUUUGUUUCAUUCCUGUUGACCAUACUUCUACAGCCAGUACAGAACUCCCCAGUCAAGUUCGAGGAUAGCAAACAACUUCAGAGGCAAGACCUACAGAGAUCACUCUCAUCUCAAGAGGAGGGACGUGUAUUUCACGCUCACGCUAUCAAAAAGAGGAAAAAGAAGAAACUGUUACAAUGUCUUCUGAGUUUACAGAGGAACAACCCCAAACCUCAAGGAGAUGCUAGAUUCUUGCUCAUCAACUACAUGAAUCUGGAGUACAAUCUACAAGGAGGGAACAGACCAUACAGUGACGACAGUGGUAGCAGUAACUGUUUGAGUCAGUUCACAGGAAGUAACAAUGACAAUGGCGGAGGUGGAGGAUCAGCUUUGGAUGGGAUCGGAGAAGGAAUUAACAACCUCGGAUCUCUCGUGGGUCAAGUCCCCAGCGACAUCAUCAGCACUGUGGGGGACGGAAUAAAACCUGUGUUUGAGAAUCCUGAGAGAUACAUUAACAGGUACUUCAUCAGACCACUUUACAGGUCUUUGAGACCUUUAUACAGAUGGUUUUAAAACAAACCCAGAGUAAUAUCAACUGUCUAUUCUUUAUUUUUUAUAUUUUUAUCUCAAAAUAGUUUUUUGCAUUUAAGUGUAGGUGCUUUAAUAGUUGUUUA